AUUUGCAGGCUGAUAUCGCGUCGCAGGAUUAAUUAAGACCAAAGGGGAAGGAGGAGAGAGAGAAACGGAGAAGGGAAGGUAGAGAAAGGUUAUCCUCGCGAUCGUGGACGAAAAGUUUGCUGCGGUGCCGGAUCACCGGUGCGUGACCUCCGGCUCUAGUCACAUGAUCACCGUGCGUGAUUUCGUUGCUUUCCACGAGAAGAGGAUGCACAGUGAUCGUUGGAGAGGAUUCCUCUAGUGAUCCGAACGUUGGUGGUGCCGAUCGGUCGGUCGGUGUCGACAGUGAGUUGCGAAGUCACUUGCGUCUCGUUUGGUGAUUGUUCGACGUUUCCAAGUGGACGAGAAGAGAAAGAGAAGUAGACGUGCAACGUGAUUUGCUAGCGCGCGGCCGUGUUGCCAAUGUCAAUGUUAAACAGUGCUUGGAGGACGGUCACGGUGAUACACAGUUCGUAUAUAUUUACGUCCGUGUGUCCUCCUUUGUUUGGCGUAUACGGGUCGCGCGAGUGGAGACGGAGAGUGAGAUAGAUGGCAGUCGAACGGGGAAGACGAGCAAGUGGCAACGUCGCAAUUAGUUGGAAUUAAACGUCCGCGCGGAAAUGUCGAUCGGGAUCGGGAGGUGGAUGAAGGUCGAGAUCGAGCUUGUGCGUGACCACGUAUCCUCAUCGUGGAGAACAACGACCGUGUGGCUGGCUUGAGGCCAAUACAAGUCUAGUUUAAGAGGGUGAACGUGAAAAUCAGGUGGAUAGUGGGGGUGGAGGUGGACUCGAGGAGGGAGAAUAGAAGGAAGGAAGGAAGGAAGGAAGGAAGGAAGGAAGGAAGGAAGACUUGGUGGGCGACAAAGACGUUUUCCUAGUGAAUUUAUUCGUGGUUUUGAUUAUAUCCUCUGUGUGCAAGAUGCGCUCGCGACGCCGUGACGGCGGCUGAAGAAAACGAGCGGCUCGUACAGCCCUCGAUUCCACGUGUCGACCCGUCCUUUUAUUUUUUUUCUUUUCCAACGAGACUCGACGAGAAAGCGCACUGCGGAGUCACCUCGUCCUCGCUUAUCUCCUCGAGGUUUUACCGAUUCGCCGCGAGAAACAGUCAAGAUCACGCAACGCGACAGCCGUGAAAGAAUAACCCAAGGCGACAGACACGGAGUCACGAAGAAACGCAGGAUUGCAAAAGGAGGGGGGGCGGAAGGAAGGAGGAGGGGACGAGGCAAAGCGAAGAGCGAGCAAGUGGAAGAAGCGGAGAAAAGAGGCGAGAGGGCGCGGUACGAUGCGUAAGAACGUACGUACGUAAAAUUUCAGAGGCCAGAGAAGAGAGAGAGAGAGAGAGAGAAAGAAAGAAAGAAGCCAGCGUGUCGCCACAGAGUAUCGAAACGGGGGUAUAAUAUGCGGUUAGAGGGGAAGGGGUGCGGGGCCGAAAAAGCCUUGUGAAGAAACUAAGGAUUAGAUGGUGGAGGUGCUCGAGGGGCGGGCUAGGGAGCCUACGGGGCCGAUCAAGGCACCUCGCACCUACCCAGGGCCAGGCAGCCCUGGAAACAGCCUCCUCCAAGUCCUCGACGCCGAAACAAAUCCGCAACUGCGUCCGUGGCUGCGUCCCUCUCACCUCGCUUCCGAUGCUCUCUUAAGGUCUCUCGCUCUUCUCCAGACCAGAGGCCAGAUAUCAUCGAGAUCCCGAUUCUCGUCGAGCGUGGUGGUCGAGGGCAGUGACAACCUCGUGGACAACCUCGGCCUCGAUAGGCCGGGGAUCGAGAUCGCGGCGCGGCAAGCCGCGAAUCGGUUAGGUGGGGAGGGGCAGGAGCGUAGAAGAAGAAGCAGGCGACGGGAAGUGGGCAGGAGAGACGGGAGUUCGGCAAGGAGUGGAUUCGACGGCGAGGAAGGGGGCUCUGACAUUGACAGUGGAAGCGGCGGGGAAGGGGGGGCGAGCGGUGAGGCUUGGAAGAUUCGAAGAUCGGAUCGGUGGUGGGCCGAGUGCGGAUCGGGUAGAGGGGACAAGAGGGCGGUCAGGGGGGAGGAUAAAGAGUGGUGGUGGGUAAAAGUGGUGCAGAGGAGGGGAGUGGCCGAGGAGGCAAGGCCGGAGGAUCGUGCGGAGCCCGGGAAGGGCUCCUUAGGAGGGAGCGAGACUGGCGAGCGCAAUGUGGCAAAGCGGCGGCAUGGGCGCCCAUGCGGCCAACAAUCCAUGGAUGAAAUUAAUGGGCAUUGUCCACAAGGAGAGAAGGCAUCACGAUUCGGGCUCUGCCGCUGCCGCCGCUUCCGGUGUUCAGGGCUCUGCGACCACGGGCAGCAACGACCGGACCCUCAAUCAAUCGCUGCCGAAACUCAGCAGCCAGGACGAGGAUGGGCCGAACCCACAUACCCAAUACACAGGCGUCACGCAGUUCGAGCCCAUACCGCACGAUCAUGAUUUUUGCGAAAGGGUCGUCAUUAACGUGAGCGGGCUACGGUUUGAGACGCAGCUGCGUACGCUGAAUCAAUUUCCGGACACGCUCCUUGGCGAUCCGCAUAGGCGUAUCCGAUACUUCGAUCCGCUUCGCAACGAGUACUUCUUCGAUCGGAAUCGGCCCUCCUUCGACGCGAUACUUUACUAUUACCAGAGUGGUGGCAGGCUCCGUCGCCCGGUCAACGUUCCUCUCGAUGUCUUCUCCGAGGAGAUCAAGUUCUACGAGCUGGGCGAGCUGGCCACCAACAAAUUCAGGGAGGACGAGGGGUUCAUCAAGGAGGAGGAGAAGCCGCUGCCGUCGCACGAGUUGCAGAGGAAGGUCUGGCUGCUGUUCGAGUACCCGGAGAGCUCGCAAGGCGCCCGGGUAGUGGCCAUAAUAUCCGUGAUCGUGAUCCUCCUCUCGAUCGUGAUAUUCUGCCUGGAGACCCUGCCCGAGUUCAAACACUACAAGGUCUUCAACACGACCACGAACGGCACGAAGAUCGAGGAGGACGAAGUGCCGGAUAUCACGGACCCGUUCUUCCUAAUAGAGACUAUUUGUAUCAUCUGGUUCACGUUCGAGUUAUCGGUGCGCUUCCUCGCCUGUCCAAAUAAACUGAACUUCUUCCGUGACGUAAUGAACUUCAUCGACAUCAUCGCGAUCAUUCCUUACUUCAUCACCCUCGGCACAGUGAUGGCCGAGGAGGAGGAGACGCUUGACCUACCAAAGGCGCCGGUAAGCCCGCAGGACAAGAGCACGAACCAGGCGAUGUCCCUGGCGAUACUCAGGGUCAUCAGGCUCGUAAGGGUGUUCCGGAUAUUCAAGCUGUCCAGGCAUAGUAAAGGCCUUCAGAUCCUCGGCCGUACCCUCAAGGCCUCCAUGAGGGAGCUCGGCUUACUCAUCUUUUUCCUAUUCAUCGGUGUGGUGCUAUUCUCAUCGGCGGUAUACUUCGCGGAGGCCGGCUCCGAGAAUUCGUUCUUCAAGUCCAUUCCGGACGCGUUCUGGUGGGCCGUUGUCACGAUGACGACCGUGGGCUAUGGUGACAUGACGCCCGUGGGAGUCUGGGGGAAGAUCGUGGGCUCUUUGUGCGCGAUCGCUGGUGUAUUGACGAUCGCCCUUCCUGUACCCGUCAUUGUCUCCAACUUCAACUACUUCUAUCAUCGUGAGACUGACCAGGAAGAGAUGCAGUCGCAGAACUUCAAUCACGUGACCAGCUGCCCGUAUCUUCCUGGUCAACACUUGAAGAAGAGCUCGAUGUCAGAAUCGUCGUCGGAGAUAAUGGAGCUGGAAGAGGGCAUAUUGCUCACUCAUCCCGAGAUUACGAAGAAGCCCAACUGCAACCCUCGCCAUAAUAACAAUAUUAAUCCAGCCUGUAUGAGCAUCGAGACUGACGUCUGACUACUAGUGAAGGAGACUGUGGCAACGUGGUGGCCAAUGCUGGGACGUUUAUCGAAGAACAGCUACAGCUUCUUACGGUGCCUGACGUAGGCCUCCUUCACACGUCGUCGUAGUCGCGCUAGCUGCGAUCGCUAACGAUAGCGCGUGUACGCAUGCGCGCUGGCUGUUAGCUCGCACGCGGCUGCGCAUGCGCGCGCGCGCGCCAACCCGCCGUCUGUCCAUAAAUUUGUCAAUACGAGGGGUGCUUCCAAUCCAUUUUACCACGUGUCAACACGAGACAAGAAGAAAAAGAAGAAGAAGAAUAAAAAAAAGAAAGGAUGUGAUGAAAAAACGAGUAUGCGAGGGAAUUCAACGACCAAGAAUCGGCUGGCUGAUAAUCGAGUGCCACGGUAAUUUUUUUCCAUCAGAAUUCGAGAGUGAAAAAAUAUAUAACGAAAGAAGAAUACGAAGCAGGGAUAUGGAAAACGUCAAGGGACGACGUUAAACGACGUAACUAUAUAUAUAGGGGGCUGAAAUGAAGAGCGAAGAAAAAGUGAAAAGUAAACGAGGAAAGAGGUGGCAACGAGAGUUUCGAUCGAGAGGAACCGUGUGUCGAAAAAUAUCGGGACAGCCGUUUCGAAGGUGUUUACGGUAUAAACGCACCCCACGUAGGGACUUACAUGCUAAUAAGGGGAUGGAUCGGCAUGUUUCAGUCGCUUGUCCACUUCCCACACCACCGACUCCAGUGUUCAAUACAAAUGAUAACAAAUAAAUAAAAAAAUAAAAAAAGUAACAAAUAAACGGUAUAAAAAAACGAAACGAAAGGGGGGGAAGGGGAAGAAGAGUGAAGACGGUUUCGCGAACUCUAAAAAAUAAAGAUAAAUAAAUUUAAAAAAAAAAUAAAAAAUAAAACGAAAAAAAAGUAUAUAAGAGAACGUCGUCGAGCCUUACCCCCCACCGAUGUUCGCGCAAAUGGCCGGCUAACAAUGGCGGAUCGAAGGGGGUAUCCAGCCGGCAACGAAACCAGGGGAAUCGUACCAGAUAAUACUAAUUAAUUAUUAUCGAUGUAAAUUAUAUCGAGGUAGGCGAAGGUACGCUAAACAAACAAACAAACAAACAAAAAAAAAUAAUUAAAUAAAAUAUUCGUUUUAAUGAAUUAUAACACUGCGCGAAAACGGACGAAGCCACGAUCGAGCGGAAGAGGAGAACAAAAUGAUGGAGGAGAGAAAGAGAAAGGGAGAGAGAGAGACAGAAAGACAGAGAAAGAAAGAAAGAAACGGAAGGAAAAAUGGCGAUGGUGCUCGCGAUGAGAGGACGGACUUACGGAAGAUAAUAUCGUACGUGUUGCACGGCGAGUAGCUAACUAAAGUGUGUCUUGCAGCGUAGAGACAAGUUUCUUUUUUUUUUUUUUCACUAUGAGCAAAAUACUCAAAGUAAGUCGGAAUUAUAUAUAUAUAUAUAUUCGUAUAUUUCGAACACCGAGAGACCAUUUGGAAUGCAAUUCGUUUUUCGGGGCGUAACACCGUACAUGUACUCCCAUAUACUCCCACACGUAAACACAUUUAUACAAAACUCACUCAACACACGUACACACACAGGAUACACACGAAAUCCAUGACCAACGCAAACAAAAAAGUAUUAUAUACGAUGUUUCAAAGGGAUAGACGUGCGUUGCUCUCGUCGAAUGGUUAAGUAGCGGUAGCCGUCGAUCGUGCACGAAUCACGGAGUUACAUAUACGAUGUAGGUCGAGUUUUAGAUAACAUCGGUGCUUUCCAAGAUCGAGUGUAAAUUCUAUGGAGAAUAUUAUCGUCGAGUUAUUUCGAGAAAAAAAAUAAAAGAACGGAAUGGAAAGUUACACCGUUGUUCCCUAAGACUUAUGGCGUAUUGUAUGUACCUAUUUCCAUAAGUGCACGCUCGAGAGCGAAUCGGAGAACGAGUCGAACCAGGCUCCGAGCUCGAGCCGAGAAACCGAGAAAUAAAAUAAAAAAAAAUUCUUCGAAUCGAGCCGAACGAAUUCCGUUUUUCUUUUCGUCGCGAGAUGACGCGAUAAGAAUUGGAGAAAAAGAAAAAAAAAAAAAAGAAAAAAAGUUGCACGAUGCGAUAAGUUUGCGGGAGGGGAAGAAAAAAGAGGAAAGCCUGGCAAGAUUUGCGAGAGUUGCGUUCAAUGGCCGGAAAGGUGUCUGCCGAUGGCGCGUACAACCGUGUUCAUGCUCCCGAUCUCGCGACGAAUGCCACGAAUUACGCGAUAUUUUCGGUCCUUUUGUUCGCGUGAUUAAUUCAAACUCGAUACACAGAGAGAGAGAGAGAGAGAGAGAGAGAGAGAGAGAGAGAGAGAGAGAGAGAGAGAGAAAGGGAGCGAGAGAGAGUUCGAGUAGUAGCGAAAGCAGUAUCACGCAGAAAUUCGGUUUUAGUGAGGUUGAUUUCACAAGUGUUUCGAGAACGAGAUCAGAGACGAUCCAUGAAGAAUUCGAUUUUGCAAUAAAAGUGGAGAAAGAGACAUGGAGGGAAAUUUUCAAGUAACGAGUAUUAAUCCUUUGCACUCGAUUGUCGUUGGUUUCGUACGAAGGGAUUCGAACGAAGAGGUAAAAUUAAUAAAUAAGUAUGUAGAGUAUUUUGGCAGAUGAUAGAUUUUAGAUGAAAAAAAAAUUAGUAAUAGUUUUAAUAAAAUAUUAUUGUGGGGUAAAAUUUAUUCAUUUGAGAAAAUAAAAUUUGAGUGUAACUCCAUUAUUAGAGAGUUUAUCUUGAUACAUUUUAUAUUAAUAUGUUUAUUUUGAUUAUGAAUCAUUUUUUAUGAUCUAAGGAAUUUCAAGCAUUAGUUAAAUUAGAAUUAAAUUUAGACUCCAUUCUUCGAUGAAUGCAAAUUGUUUUGAAACCAUAUUUUGUGUAGAUUUUGAUAGUUCAUAUGUUUAUAUAAUAAUAUCAAUAUUACCAUUAUCCAUUAUUAAUUUAUGUUUGUUUAUAAUAGAUUUAUAAAUAAAAAUUAGAAAUAUUAUUUUUAAAAUUUACUUUAUCAAUGCUUAUUACUGUAUUUAGACACGAGCACGUUUGAAGUGAAAUUUAAAAUAUUAUUUAAAACAAUAUGUUAUUUAUUUUUUAAUUAUUUGGAAUAAUUAUGUAAAGCAAUUAUUUUGAAUAAUGUAAAAUAUUGUUUCAAACGAUUUCAUUUCAAACGUGCUUAUGUUUAAAUAUAAUAAUCGGCAUAAAUAAAGUAAAUUUUAAAUUUAUUCAUAAUUUUAGUAGAAAUGAUGCUUUUAAAAUUAAUGAUUUAGGAUUAUUUUAAUAAUUAUUUUUUAAUUAAGAUUAGAAAACAAAUUCCUACUAUUUUGAAUGAAUCAAUAUUAUAUAUUUUUUAAUGAAAUGAAUGUAAAUAAAUUUCAAUAUAUUGAUUAUAUGUUAUUAAUGGAUUGAUAAUUGAAAUUAGUAAUUGAAACCAAAUGAUAUAAUAUAGUGAGAUAAUUAUUUUAUUAUAUCAAAUACAAAAUCAUAUUAUUAGAAUUGUAGAUAAAAUAAAAAAAUAAUAAUAAAUGAUAUAUCUGAUGUAUCAAGAUUAAUCAUGAUGUAGUUACAUAUAUAUAUACACACAUUUCUAAAAAUGAAAUUAAUUUCUCAAAUGAAAAAAUUUCAUUCUAUACUUUUAAUAUAUUUAUUCAUUAAAUAAAUAAUUCAUUUAUUAAUUCUCAGAUACUUUAUAUUGUAAUAUAUUUUUAUUUAAAGAGUUACAAAAUUAAUUUUCUCAUUUUUUUUUUAAUUUUUAUAGAAAUUUCAACUGAUUCUGUUAGUACCUUCUACUAUUUAAUUAUUUUCAAAAAUUUUCUUUUGUGAUAAAUAUAUUUCGAAUUGUUGAUUUUUUAAAAUAAAAAAUAUUUUUUUAUGUAUGUAUAUAUAUUGUUUUUUUUCUAUUUUAUAUAAAUGAGUUCAUUUUGUAAAUAAGAAAUAACGAUAAUAAUAAAAAUGAUCUGAGUGCAAAUGGUUAAAAUUUAAAUAAGAUUUUUCGAUUGUGUGUUCAAUUAUAAAAUUAAAUAUAGAAUGGUAAUUGCAAAUAAAUGCCAAAUCGCGAAAUAAUAUACUGAAUAUUCGUAUCAUUACAAAUAUACUUCUUUUGAAUAAUCAAUUAAAAUAAAAUUAAAAUAUUCGCUAAAGAUAAAAAGAUAGUUAAAUAGAAAGAAUUCAAUAUGAAGAAUUUAAUUUCAUUUCAUUUAUUUAUUCUACUUAAAGAUCAAUAUUAUCUUUUUCUUUGUGUAUCUUCCUUUUUCUUUAUUUUAUUAUUGUUUUAAAAUAAUAUGAAAUUUAAAGAAUAUAACUAAUAGAAAUUGAAAAAAAGUUCAAGUAAAAAAAAAUUACUUUUUAGUAAUGGAUAAAAUUUAUCUUCAUUUCACAUUUAUUGCAAAGAAAAUAAUUUCUAUGAAAUUAAUUUUUGAGAUAUCACAAGAAUUUUCAAGUUUCAAUUUUUUGUUUGUUUUUUAAAUUUGUUUACUUCUUAAUUCUUAGUUUGAUAUUUUUUUCUUUGUCUUAUAUUUUAAAAUGAAUAUGUAAAAUAAUUUUCUAACUGUAAAAAAGUAUAUAAAUUAAUGAUAUUUAAUUAUAAUUUUCUUUAAUCUAGUUCACAUUUCUUCAAUUAUAAAAUCAAUAAAAAAUAAUGAUUUUUAAAUGGUUUGCAAUAUCUAUUUUAUUAUCAUUAAAAGAAAAUUUUUAUUCAUUAUUAGAAAUCAUAAAUAACAAAAAAAGAAUUGUCUUUCUUUCGUUUCACUCUAAAUAAUUAGCGGCAAAAAAAUUAUCUUUAUUUUUAUUUCGUUAUUAAUUUUAUGGAAUAAAUCCAGAUAAAAGAGAAAUUAAAAGAGAUGGAAGAGAAAUUGAGAAAGGAGUUACACAUAUGAAAGGAAAUGUAGAAAGAAAAAGAUAUAACAAAAUCGCGAGUUGAAUCAAUGAAAAACGAAUUGGCAAGCCGAAUCGGUGCUCGACGCGAAGCGAGAACACGCUUUCUCUUAUCUCUUCGCUGUCGUCUCGAUGUUUCGCCUCUUUCCCACAGUGGAGGAAAAAAAAAAGCGCAUCACAAAAUCGCAAAGACUGCCAUUUUACCAUUCUCAGUAAAAAAUAAUAAUAAAAAAAAAAAUAAAAUAAAAUAAAAUAAACGAAAGAAAAAAGAAAUGAACAUCGCGUAACCGAUAUCCACGAUUAUUUCGAGAAAUAUCGUCCAUGCUCGAACAUUUUUCCGCUUAAGUCGACCCUUCGAACUGCCGCAUGUCGUACAACGGGCCUUAAUUUUCUCGCGAUUGAACAUUUUGAGGAGAUUCGGGACGCCAUUACGUAUGCCGCGACACAAAAUUCAUCGAUUCGCCACCGAAAACUUAAAAUUCGACAAAUUUUUUGCGCGAACGUGAAAUCAGGAACGUCGAUCCGACGUUGACAAAUAAACAUGGCGUUUCGAUUCCAUUCAAAAAGUAUCAAUAAAAGUGAAAAGGAAUCGCAAAGUUUAUUUUUCUUUUUCUCGGCGAGUCGAUUGCGAAUCAAGAAAUUUCUCUCUCCAAAAAAUUGAAAAAGUUUCGGCUGCCGUUGUACGUACUAGCUGUUGGGCGAUUAAUUCUAAAAAAAUCGAUAAAUAAAGACAUCUCUUCGAGAAAUCGGAACGCGACCCGCACGUAUCCCCAUACGGAUAAUCGACUACGAUGAAGGAGGAAGUCUGACGUUGCAAAACACAAAAAGUGAAUUACAUACAUUAGAGAUUAAAAUUAAGUAUUAAAGAAAAGAAAAAAAGAAAAUAUACGUAUAUAUAUACAUAUAUGUUGUGUAUGUAUAUAUGUAUAUAUAUACAUAUUAUAAACACGCGAUCUAGCAGAAGAAAAAUGAACAAAGUAAUAAGACGCAAGUAUGCAAACAAAAAGAAAAAAAAAUGCGAUUUCAUUAUUCGAUUUAUUAUUAGGUCUUAGAUGCGAAUUUUAUCGAGGAAUAAUUCAUCUAUCUUUUAUUAGAAGAAACGAGCAAAAAAAAAAAAGGUUAGUCGAGAUUUUGAGUUAUGUGAGUUAUGUGAGAGAGGGAGAAAACAAGAAGGAGAAAAUGAAAGUAUAAUUGUACAUGUGUGUUUUUAAAAGAAAAAUCGAUGAGCGUGUGUCGAUAAUGCGAGAAUGGAAGUCAGCGAGGGAACGCGUGAAAAUGUUCGAGUGAAAGGUUCGAACGAAUGGGUAGGAACGAUGGACGAGACAGAUUAAAAAAAAAACAAAAAAAAACAUCAAUUAUACUGAGAUUUACGUUACGCGCCUUUAUUACCGAAAUACUUGAACUUUUCGCCUCGCUAAUUUAGUUAGAGAAAGGAAAAUUUUAAGAUGCGCAUUAAAAUUAAUAACAGCCUAGUUAAAUCCAACAAGAAGGAAAAUCCAACAAGUUGAAAAAAAAAAGAAA